UGUCUCCGCCCAGCCGCUUGCGGUCGCUACUUCACAUGAAAAUCCACGGCUUCCUCAACAUUUCUUCUCCUCACUCAACCUGCCACGCUGCCCUCUCUUCUUCAUCCUUGAAGCACCACUCAUCGCGCUCCAGUGCAUGAGUCUGUCUUCUUCAGAUCGAAAAUGGCCAAGUCACGGAGAAAUGUCCGGUUCCAGCAUCGCAGCAAUGGUGCUGAGCGGCGCCCCAGCAUUUCAGACGUCAGCGAAGCUGCCUCCGAGCCGGGGAGCCCGGGCAAGAAUGGAAGUGUAGCCAAAUCAGAGCCCAGUCAAGAAGAGAAACCCCAGGAGAAGCAGGUGUCGGACUACGAGAAGAAGAAGCAGACCUUUAUCACGCGGACAAUAUGGACCUUUGUUAUGAUCGCCGGUUUCUUUAUUGCCAUGUUCUCGGGCCACAUCUAUAUCAUUAUCAUUGUGACAGCAGUCCAAAUUGUCUCCUUCAAAGAAGUUAUCGCGAUUGCCAAUAUCCCCAGCAAAGAGAAGAAUCUCCGGUUUACCAAGUCUCUCAACUGGUACUUCUUAGCGACGACUAUGUAUUUCCUCUAUGGAGAAAGCGUCAUUUACUACUUCAAACACGUCCUUCUGGUGGAUAGGGUCUUGCUUCCAUUUGCGACCCAUCACCGCUUCAUCAGCUUUACGCUCUACAUCAUGGGAUUUGUGUUCUUCGUGGCAUCCUUGCAGAAAGGACACUAUAAGUUCCAGUUUACACAGUUUGCCUGGACCCACAUGGCUCUCUAUUUGAUCGUCGUACAGGCCCAUUUCAUCAUGAACAAUGUGUUCGAAGGCAUGAUCUGGUUCUUCUUGCCAGCCUCGCUCGUCAUCACCAAUGACAUCUUCGCCUACGUCUGUGGUAUCACCUUUGGCCGAACGCAGCUCAUCAAGCUCUCCCCGAAGAAGACGGUGGAGGGAUUCAUCGGUGCCUGGAUCUGUACGAUUGGCUUCGGUUACUUCAUGACGAAUAUCCUCAUGCGCUACAAGUACUUCAUCUGCCCCGUCAACGACCUUGGUGCCAACGUUCUCACUGGCCUGGAAUGCACCCCGAACCCCGUGUUUACUCCUCAGCCGUAUACUCUCCCGCACUGGACUGGAAUUGAUAAGACCUUCCAUGUCGCACCGAUGCAGUUCCAUAUCCUUGUGUUUGCGACCUUCGCCUCCCUGAUCGCUCCGUUCGGUGGUUUCUUCGCCUCGGGAUUGAAGCGUACGUUCAAGAUUAAGGACUUUGGAGAGUCGAUUCCUGGCCAUGGAGGCAUCACAGACCGCAUGGACUGCCAGUUCAUUAUGGGUUUCUUUGCGUACAUGUAUUACCACAGCUUCAUCGCCGUGUACAAGGCUAGCGUUGGAGACAUCAUCGAGAGCGCGAUUAAUGGCCUGACUGUUGAUGAACAAUUGGAAGUCGUCAAAGGCUUGGGCAAGUACUUGUACAACCAGGGGGCUGUCUCAGAGAAGAUUGUCGAAUGUCUGAAUACCGAACUGAGACGCCGGUAAGAUCCUUGCCGCCAAGGACGUCAUUUCGAACAUGACAUCGACUCGUUUCCCCAAGCAACGGACUGCUGGAGCAAAACUAUUUCCUAGGUCAUUUUCCAACUGACCGAGGGACCUCUCUCAAUUCACGAUCUCCAUGUCCUUUAUGCACCUUUUGCGAGUAAGGUUGCAGUACCGCCUUGAAGGACACCAGUACACCUAAGCUAUGACCCCGAUUUUGCUAUAUCAACGA